GAUGAACCUUCCCAGAUUAUAACCCUGAAUCUAUGGAUUAGAAUGUUUUGGACAGAUUGUCAAUUGACCUGGAACCCGGCUGAAUUUGGUGACCUUGGCAACAUUGCUGUACCGUUUAAAUACGUGUGGGUGCCCGAUCUUACUCUGUAUGAUAGCACUGCCGAUGACUUUCCGGGUUACGACGAUUACAGAGUGAACAUACAUUCAGAUGGUUCCGUGUAUUACAAUUUCCCUACUAUCAUACAAAGUCGAUGUAUUGUGAACGUGGAGAGAUUCCCAUACGAUACCCAAACGUGUAGUAUGUUGUUCGGAUCCUGGUCCUACCACGGCCUGGAAAUGGACCUGGUAUAUAAGAACCCGUAUGGAGAUCUGUCAUCGUCGGUUUUGAACGUUGAAUGGAAUAUCACGAAAUUAACUGCUGAACGUCAUGUGGUUUAUUAUGGUUGCUGCCCGGAACCGUACCCUGAUGUUACUUACUACCUAACAAUGGAACGCAAACCUUCUUUCUAUGUUGUAAAUAUCAUAAUUCCGACUUUCCUUAUUACUGGAAUGGCGAUACUUGGUUUCUUCUUAGCUGUUGAAGCAGGAGAAAAGGUUUCGUUACAAAUUACGGUGAUGCUUGCUCUAGCUGUAUUCCAGUUACUGGUGGCAGACUCCCUACCCCCUUCAUCAGAUGCUACUCCUCUUAUUUCAAUCUACUUCAAUUUCUGUCUAUUCCUCGUCGGAUUUGCCUGUGUGAUGGCGGUAGUAGUUUUGUCUAUCUACUAUCAGUCAGCGGUUGUUAUGCACCGUUGGGUCGUCAGGAUAUUCCUCGGUACCUUAGCUAAAGCUACCUGGGUAUAUGUGCCGGAGCUAGACGAUUAUGUAAAGGAUUCGACUCGGCCUGAAUCUUCUUCUCCCGAACACAUAGCAAAUGGAAGUACAAGAAGAAUACAGGUGAGGUCAGGAACAGCGAAAGUGGGCACAGAACAGGAUGAGCCAAUACCUAAAGUCCAACCGUACAUAAACGUGACAGCAGAACACUGGAAGUCUCUUUCUAAGGUUGUGGACAGAAUCACCUGCAUUUUGUUUAUUAUCAUGGGUUUUUGUGGAACUGGCAUUGUCUUUAGUAAAUUCUCAGAAGAAUAAUAUUACCGGUUUCACGAACAGUAGAAAGGUUAUAUAUCACAACCAGUCCACUGAUACGUCGUGAUUACGAGUGACGUUACGCAUAGACACUAAUUGGUUAUGUGAGAUUACGCGUUAUUGAUCUCUACCUGUUUAGAGCAGUAUGCACAAUCAACAAAUGCAAACACAAAAGAAAAAUAUACAAAGUAUGCAAAAACAAAAACAACAAAAAGCAACAAAAACAAAACAGCAUCUGCUUUGUUGGAUAAAACUACGAGUGGUAUUGCUAUGUAAUAUUUUCUGAAGAAUGCUAUGUUAUAAAUAUGUCAGAACAAUUGUUUUCCGAAUAAAAUGGCGAACAAGUCGACACGGAAAGGGGAAAUACAACGUCAUGUUACCAAAGAAUCAAAUAGAGCUACAAGUUUAGAACUUGUUUUUUUUAUUUGCAUCCAAAUGAUCGGGUGGCGCAGUGGAUAGCGCACUUGCCUUUCACCAACGCGGCCGGGGUUCGUUUCCCUGAUCGGACGAGAAAAAUUUAAGGGUUUUAUCCGGGUACCCCGGUUUCCUCCCACAUUAAGAACCCCCGCGCGCUAAC